AUGGGGAAUUCGGAAAGCCAAUACAGUCUUCAGGGAUCAAAAAAUCAUGCUGCUGCUACAGCUGGUGCCAAGCAGAAGCCUUGCUCUCUGAAAAUCCGCAGCAUUCAUGCUAAAGACGAAAAGUCUUGCUCUGUGCAUGGAUGGGGACAUACCAGUAGCAGCUCGAACUACAAAUCGAGGUCCCUGGCCAGAAGCUGCCUCUCGCACUUCAAGAGCAGUCAGCCGUAUUCGUCCAGGCUCGGUGACACUGUGGUGAAGGUCUCCAAAAACAAUGCCCAUGCUAAACACAGAACAAGCGCCUCAGGGGACUACUGCCAAGGAAAUAACACGGUGUUUUUGCCCGAGAACGGUUUCCACUAUAUUGGCCUUCAAGCUGGAAGUCAUCACGCUGCCUCUCGAGAAUGCAAUGGACACAUUUUAAAUUGCUACGGAAAGAAUGAGAGUCUUGCAUCAGCCUCCCCAUCAGAGGACAGGAGGAGUCCGAAAGUUCUCAUUAAAACACUGGGGAAGCUGGAUGGCUGCUUGAGGGUUGAGUUCCACAACAGCAGCAACAGCAAGGUGCCCACUGAGGAGUCCAGUGGACCCGUCCAGUUGCUGAGGUAUUCGCCUGCCUUGGAAUCUAAGCCGAAUAACCUACUCGAUGUCAGGAGAAACUCCAGUGCAGACUGUUCUUCAAGCCAUCGUCUGUCACCUACUGAUUCCAGGCUUCAGUCUAGUAAAGGAAGUUCCCUCAGCUCCGAGUCUUCGUGGUAUGACUCCCUCUGGGGAAAUGCUGGGGAUAUCAGUGAGCUGGAUGGUCCGUAUUUGACCAGGAGCACUCCAGAUACAAGCAUUCAUGCCAGUUUCCCAGCAAGCGACAACAAGAAGUCCUUCAAUCAAAGUUCAUCUCUUUCCUCGCUCCGAGAUCUCUAUAAGGAUACAAAUUUGGAAAGCACGCCUCCACCGAGGAUCAGGCUGUCUGAUGAGUAUAUUGACACGCAUGUUAGCCUAAGCAACCGUGUCUCAUUUGCCUCAGACAUUGAUGUUCCCUCCAGGGUGGAGCAGGGAAGUCCUGCACAUUACUCGUCCUACACACUCCCAUGCAGAAAGUCCAAGCCCCUCAAUGAGGAUGCAUCCAAGAAGGAUACAUUGAAAAACCGAAUGCGCCGCAUCAGUGACUGGACGGGAAGUCUCUCGAGGAAGAAGAGGAAGCUGCAGGAGCCAAAGGGUAAAGAUGGGAGUGAAUACUUUGACAGCAGAAUGGACAACUUCACCACGGACACGCUGGCACCGUCGCAGCUCUCCACUUCGCCGUGGUCACCUGGCUCCAGCCACGUCCUGUCCCAGAGAAGUGAGUCCACCAACGCCAUCAGCAGCGAUGUUCUGAGGCAGAACAUUUACGAAAACUUCAUGCGGGAGCUGGAGAUGAGCAGGACAAACUUGGAGAACACUGAGACCUCGUCGGAAACGGAGGACUCCAGCGGCGAGUCACUCAGCUCCUUGGAGCAGUUGGAUUUGUUGUAUGAGAAGGAGCAAGGAGUGGUGCGCAAGGCAGGGUGGCUGUUCUUUAAACCCCUCGUGACGCUGCAGAAGGAGAAGAAGCUGGAGCUGGUCACACGGCGAAAGUGGAAGCAGUACUGGGUCACGCUCAAAGGUUGUACUCUGCUGUUUUACGAGACCUACGGAAGGAACUCGCUGGAGCAGAGCAGUUUGCCUCGGUACGCCCUCUUUGCAGAAGACAGUAUAGUGCAGUCUGUUCCAGAACAUCCCAAGAAAGAAAAUGUCUUCUGUCUCAGCAAUUCUUUUGGAGAUGUCUACCUAUUUCAGGCGACAAGCCAGACGGACCUGGAAAACUGGGUUACUGCCAUACAUUCCGCCUGUGCUUCCCUCUUUGCAAAGAAGCUUGGGAAAGAGGACACCGUUAGGCUGCUGAAAAAUCAAACCAAGAGUCUCUUCCAGAAGAUUGACAUGGAUAGCAAGAUGAAAAAGAUGGCAGAGUUGCAGCUCUCAAUUGUUAGCGAUCCAAAAAACAGGAAGGCCAUAGAGAAUCAGAUCCAGCAAUGGGAGCAGAACCUGGAAAAAUUUAACAUGGACCUUUUCCGAAUGCGGUGUUACCUAGCCAGUUUGCAAGGUGGGGAGCUCCCAAACCCAAAGAGCCUUUUGGCUGCUGCCAGUCGUCCUUCAAAACUGGCUCUGGGGCGGCUCGGUAUUUUCUCCGUCUCAUCCUUCCAUGCACUGAUCUGCUCCAGGGAUGAAGCUGCUCUCAGGAAACGUACCCUGUCUCUGUCACAAAGAGUCCGAAACAAGAAGGGUUUAUUUUCCUCGCUGAAAGGACUGGACACGUUGGCAAGAAAAGGAAAAGAAAAGCGGCCUUCCAUAACUCAGCACGUCGAUGACUUUUCGAAUGUCUACUGCUCAGUGCCAGAGAGCAUCCAGAAGGAGAGUGCUUGGGAGACACCGACGUACGUUCACUUCUGUGACGGCCAAGGAGUGGCGCUGACCCUCAAGCCAGAGCACAGGGUGGAAGAUGUUUUGUCGCUGGCGUGCAAGAUGAAACAGCUGGAGCCGAGACACUAUGGCGUACAGCUCAGAAGACUUGUUGAUGAAAACACGGAGUAUUGUGCUCCUGAACCAUACGAAUACAUCGUAGACCAGGAAAGUGUGUAUGAUGAAAUAGAAAUUUGUCCAUUAAAUGUUCAUCACGUUCAUCUUACAAAGACUGAAAACAUAAAUGAUUUUGGUUUUGCUGUCACAGCACAGGUUGAUGAAAGUCAGCAUCUCACCCGUAUAUUUGUAAGUGAUGUUCUCCCUGAUGGACUGGCAUUCAAGGAAGGGCUCCGAGUAGGCAAUGAAAUCCUGAGCAUAAAUGGAGAGGCUGUGUCUGAUCUUGACCUCGGGCAGAUGGAGUUAUUGUUUUCAGAGAGAAGCGUAAUGCUCACUCUGAGAACGAACCAUUACGGGACCCAGCAACCCUUAUGUGCAUCCUGGUCAGAUGGCGACAUUUCCAGGGACCCCAAGAGUUUGUUGCCCCCUCCAAACCAGUCACAGCUCCUGGAAGAGUUUCUAGAUAACUUCAGAAAGAACACAGCAAAUG